AUGUUUUGCAAUAUUUCGUGGAUAUUUUUUGGAAGCCCUAAAAUAAUCUUUAAAAUAAUUUAUAAUAAUUAUUUUAUUUCAAAAGAUUGUUUAAAUCAACAAAUUAAUUUUGGAAAUUAUGGAUAUUUAGAAAUUCCAGAAGAAAAUAAUUUAAUAAAAAGUUCUUCCAUUAAUUGUUCUUGGCAAAUUAAUAUCCCUUGCAAAAAAGAAAAUAAUUUAUGCCCUUUUAAUAUUUUUGUGGAUUCUUUGGCUGCUACAGAAGAUGAUGAAAUUUUGUUCAAAACAAAUGAUGGCAAUACUAUUGCAAUAAAUUCAACAAAGUAAAUAAAAUAUAGCCUCCCUAUAAGAUACCCCCAAUAUUAGCGACACCUCUAUUUAACAGACGUUUUUUUGAAAAUUUGCUUGACCACUGCGGUGGGGGGGGGGGGAUGUUAAAUUGACACUUUCUGUUUAAUAUACUAUACCCUCUAUUUAAUAG